AUGAAGAUCGUAUCUUGGAAUAUAAGAGGGUUGGGUGGGUUAGAGAAGAGGAAGGAAGUGGGCAAAUUGGUGGGGGAUCUGAAACCCUUUAUUCUCUGUUUGCAGGAGACGAAGUUACAAAACUGUGAUGUUCUUCUUUGUUCUAAUCUUUGGGGUAGCUCUUGUCAUGGGUUUUCCUUUCGUCCGUCGGUGGGGGCUUCAGGCGGGAUCUUAACUAUGUGGGAUUCUUCUGAGGUGGAGAUGUGGUGGACAGAGAGUCGUGAGCAUGUGUUGUGGUGUCAUGGUCGCUUUACUAAGUCUGGAGAGGAGUUUUUUAUGGCGAACAUCUAUGCCCCUUGUGACGAUAUGGUUAAGCAACGAUUGUGGGAGUCUAUUUCGGAGCGGCUUCACUUGCUAGCGGGAAAGAGAGUAUGUGUUUGUGGGGAUUUUAAUGCGGUGAAACAUGUGGAUGAACGACGAUCGGUUCGGGGUGGUCAUCGUUCCUUAGAUCACGUUCCUUUUAGUCGGUUCAUUGAAGAUAAUACCUUGGUUGAUCUCCCCUUGAUUGGUCGUAAGUUUACUUGGUGUAAAGGGGAUGGUUUCUCUAUGAGCCGUCUAGAUAGAUUUCUCCUUUCUGAGGAAUGGUGUUUGGCCUGGCCUAAUUGUAGGCAGGUAGCCAGGUUGCGAGGGUUAUCUGACCACUGUCCUCUGGUCUUAUCAGCGAAUGAGGAUGAUUGGGGUCCUCGCCCGUCUAGGAUGCUUAAGUGUUGGAAGGAUGUGCCUGGCUAUCAUUCGUUCGUGAAAGAGAGGUGGAAUUCGCUUCAGGUCGAUGGUUGGGGUGGUUAUGUGCUGAAGGAAAAACUUAAGUUAAUUAAGGCAGGACUGAAAGAGUGGCAUAGGGCUCACACUCAAAACCUUCCUAGUCGUAUUGAAACGUUGAAAGCUAGGCUUUCGGCCCUUGAUGAGAAGGGUGAGGAAGAGGCUCUUUCUGAGGAGGAGUUAGUGGAGUUUCAGGGGGUUUCGGUAGAUAUCCACUCGCUUUCGCGGCUGCAUGCCAGCAUCAGUUGGCAACAAUCCCGUUCGUUGUAG